ACUCAUAUAAGAGUAGUCAUAGAAAUAUAGAAUCAGAACUUAAAAGAAUUAUUCUUGCAAAUAACUGUUUAAACCAAAUUGUAUCAUAUGCAAAAAAUGAUAAUAAAUUAUUUGAUUCUUUAAAAAUAUUAAAGAAAAGAAAAUUAAGUAGCAGUAUAGAUAUUUCAGAUGAAUUUGAAUCACAAGAUCUUUUUUAA